GAUUAUUAAAGCUUCGCCGGAGCCGCGGCUCGCCCUCCCACUCCGCCAGCCUCUGGGAGAGGAGCCGCGCCCGGCCGGCCCGGCCCCCAGCCCCAUGGACCUCCGAGCAGGGGACUCGUGGGGGAUGUUAGCUUGCCUCUGCACGGUGCUGUGGCACCUCCCUGCAGUGCCAGCUCUUAAUCGAACAGGAGAUCCAGGCCCUGGCCCCUCCAUCCAGAAAACCUAUGACCUCACCCGCUACCUGGAGCAUCAACUCCGCAGCUUAGCUGGGACCUACCUGAACUACCUGGGGCCCCCUUUCAACGAGCCUGACUUCAAUCCUCCUCGGCUGGGGGCAGAAACUCUGCCUAGGGCCACGGUCAACUUGGAAGUGUGGCGAAGCCUCAAUGACAGGCUACGGCUGACCCAGAACUAUGAGGCCUACAGUCACCUCCUGUGUUACUUGCGUGGCCUCAACCGUCAAGCUGCCACAGCUGAACUACGACGUAGUCUGGCCCAUUUCUGUACCAGUCUCCAGGGCCUGCUGGGAAGCAUUGCAGGUGUCAUGGCAACUCUUGGCUACCCAUUACCCCAGCCUCUGCCAGGGACUGAGCCAGCCUGGGCCCCUGGCCCUGCCCACAGCGACUUCCUCCAGAAGAUGGAUGACUUCUGGCUGCUGAAGGAGCUGCAGACCUGGCUAUGGCGUUCAGCCAAAGACUUCAACCGGCUUAAGAAGAAGAUGCAACCUCCAGCAGCUUCAGUCACCCUGCACUUGGAGGCCCAUGGUUUCUGAUCUCCGACCCUUCACCCCCACACCUUCAGCCCCAGUCAACUGUGCUUCCAUUGUGGGGUGAAAAAUCCUCUAUACCAACAUUUGUUGAGCCAGGAGCCAGACCAUGGUAGCUCUACCCUCCUCAGCCUUGGAUGGGGGUGUAACUCAAUAAGCCCUCUAGCUCCUAGAGUCCUAGGGUCUGGGGAAAAGGUACAGUGGGCACCAAGAGGGAAUGCCUGAGGGAGUUGAAUGGCUCAGUGGGUAGAAAGGCUCUCUCUGCCUCCUGCUUUCUGCUUGCCACUUGCCAGUAUCCACUCAGUUCCUCAUGUGGCACUUGCAGAAACAUACCUGGAGGGCAUGGGUGGGGGCCACUGUAGCAUGUGCCUUUCUGGGAUAAGGCCCCUUGGCUUCCCUCCCUCUCCUUGGAUGGGUGUUGCUUCCCUACCCCAAAAACUACAUAUCCAGUUCAGGAAACAAAGUGACCAGUCUAAAGAAGAGUGUGAUAGUAAGUGGAGGGGUAGGGUCUGUGCUGGAGGUGGCCUAGAAACCAGAAGAUGUAAUUCUAAAAGAGAAGGGCAGGGACAGACCAGACCCAGCAGUCACCAAGACAGUGGUGGCACAGGGCGGAAAACAAAAGCCAUGUUGAGCAUUAAGACCUUGCCUUGAAUUUUCUUGCCAGCAUCUUGGUACCUCCUCUCUGCCCCCUUUCCCAAGGUAUCUGUGGUUGCCUGGGCUGGGGAGGGCAGCCAUAGCCAUAGCCACAGGGUUUCCUGAAAGUUUACAUUGCAGUAGCAUUGUGGGGUAAGGGGGAUGGCUCCCCAGGCUCUAUCCCCAGCCCCACCCACUCAUGACUCUAAGUUUGUUGUAUUAAUAUUUAUUUAUUUGGAGAUGUUAUUUAUUAGAUGAUAUUUAUUGCAGAAUUUCUAUUCUUGUAUUAACAAAUAAAAUGCUUGCCCCAGAA